AUGUUCGACUUGCUCGUAACAUUCAUUGGCAUCGCCCUCUUCCGUGCCCUCGGCGCGUUCGCUGCGCUGGGGCAACUUCAACAAGUGUCCAACUACGGCACUAACCCCACCGGCGUGCAGAUGUUCAUCUACCGGCCCCCAGGGCUCGUCGCGAACCCCGCACUCAUCGUCGCCAUGCACUACUGCACCGGCACCGCGCAGGCUUACUUCUCCGGCACGCAGUACGCGAACCUCGCUGACUCGCUCAAGACCUUCAUGGUCAUCUACCCCGACGCGCCCGACAGCGGAGGAUGCUGGGACGUGCACACCGACGCGACGCUCACGCAUAAUGGUGGCGGCGACUCGAUCGCAAUCGUGUCGAUGGUCAAGUACGCGAUCGCGAAUUAUGGAGUAGAUAGCGCGAGGGUGUUCAUGACGGGAACGUCGUCCGGCGCGAUGAUGACCAAUGUUCUGGCGGGCGCGUACCCUGACGUGUUCGCGGCUGGUGCUGCGUUUGCUGGUGUGCCCUAUGGAUGCUUCCAAGGGCCUGGCAUGUGGAACUCGGCAUGUGCUAGCGGACAAACCACGAAGACCGGGGCGCAGUGGGGUGACAUGGUACGCAACGGAUACCCAGGAUAUACUGGCCCACGACCCAAGCUUCAAAUAUGGCAAGGCACUCAAGACACCACUCUCAACUACCACAACUUUGGCGAAGGCAUCAAGCAAUGGACGAACGUCUUCGGAUACAGCGAGACGCCACUCACCACACAGUCGAACUCGCCCGUCAACGGCUGGACGCGUACGACGUACGGCCCCAACUUCCAGGCGAUUAGUGCACAGGGCGUAGACCAUAACAUUCCUGUGCAAGCGAACGAUGUCCUCAAUUGGUUCGGGAUUACUGGGAGCCAGCAGCCCCCUGCCCCGGGAACAACGGCUGUGCCAACACCGCCGCCAGCAACUACCACGACUGCUGCGCCUCCGCCUGUUACAACUGCGCCGUCGCAGACUGCGGGGCACUACGCACAAUGUGGAGGAAAUGGGUGGACUGGCGCAACGGUGUGUGCUGCCCCGUACACUUGCCAGGUUCUCAACGCUUGGUACUCUCAGUGCCUGUAA